AUGGCUGUCUAUUCUAAGGAUGAAGUCUUGAUGUGUAAAGUGUUCCCAUCUAGUUUGGGACCCGUGGCGAUGAGAUGGUUUGGCGGCUUGAGGACGGGUUCAAUAAAUUCCUUCAAGGAGCUCACUCAAGCAUUUGGCUCCCAUUUUAUCACGUGUACCAGGGUCCCUCGGCCCUUAGACUCCCUACUGUCUUUGUCCAUGCGAGAAGGGGAGACCCUGAAAACAUAUUUGGACAGGUAUUGGGAGAUGCACAAUGAGAUAGAGGAUAACUUUGAGGACGUCGCCAUCAGUACCUUCAAGAGUAGCCUCCCAACUGAGCAUGGCUUAAGGAAGUCUCUAACAGGAAAACCAGUCACCAGCCUACGCCAGCUUAUGGAUAGUAUUGACAAGUAUAAAAGGCUUGAGGAAGACCAACAACUGGGUAAAGGAAAGGCUAAGGUUAUCCCUCAUGAGAGGAGGGAUUUCAGGUUGGACUGA